AUAUAGGCGAGGAGGACAGUGACAGUAGGAAAAAAAGUAGUGGUAAUGCUGGUAGAGGAAGUAGUAGUAGUAGUAGUAGUAGAAACAGUAUUGGUAGUAGAAAGUAGGGGGAGUAAGUACCCACACAGUUCUAAAGGUGGAAGUGAUGCAACAUCGUUACCAACAAAACACGUGUGGUGAAGGCAAGGUAAUGUCAUUACUGACACAGAUAUGGGAAAAAAGUGAUGCUGAAAGGAUACUUCAGUAGAAAGCUUUCUUUACAAACAGAGUGGUAGAAUAGUGGAAUAGAGAUGUAAGUGAAAUCUGAAAUUUGAAAAAAAAUUGCUUAGCCCUGCCCCUGCAGCUAUAACUGGGUAAUCAGGUAACCAAGGGAUGGAAGUUACCCAUUCAACUGUUGAAGGGGCAAGGGAGAUUGUUUUGUACACGUCUGUUGGUAUAGAAGUUAAUAUCAUUUCCCAUAUAACUAUUGAAGGGGCUAGGGCUGUUACUGAUCAACACAUUUAUUGGAGGGAGAAGUUAGUACCAUCAUUACCCAUACAUUGGUGGAGGUGUUGUAUGUGAACAAUAAAACAAAUGCCUAGGUUUUCAAAUUAACAUUUCAGGGUGAUGAGGAGACACAUCAGCAGAUGAGGGAAGUGACGCUAGAAGCACUUCAGCAGGUCAUGAGUGCAGGAGGUCAGCAAGAAGUACGUGUCAUUGGCCAGCAGUUAGAGGUGAUCAUCACAGAAGAUCAGAGAGACUCUCAAGGGAGCUCAUUAGCUGAAGAUAUUUCCCAGGUAGAAAGCAGUACCUUAGCACCCCAGAAAGAUGAAAAGAUCACUGAAACUCUUGCUAUAAAUAGAGAAGAUGUAUCAGAGCAGUCUAUAGAAGUCAAUCAGAAUUCUCCACCAGAGAGGGAAAAAAAGCUUCAAGUAGCACCCCUCCAUCCAUCUUCCUCUCAUCAGACGAGUAAUGGGGAAAUAGAGGAAGCAAGUAUUUAUCAGCAUGAUCCCAGCAUCACAUACAUAUCACCACCUACUAGUAUUACAACACCACAGGUAUUCAGUCCAGUGCCAGCAACUGAUGGUAGUGGCACCCCUACAGAGUUUACUCCACCACCGACCUCUACUAUACCUAACAGAGUAGACAGUUGGGAUCCAAAUGUCCAAGGUAUGUAAACAAAAUAAUAUAAC